AUGGCAACUAGCACAUCGAUCGUUAAGUUUGGAGUGACCACAAAAGGCAUGCGUGUGGUUUUGUUCGAUAGAUACAUCUACACAUUGAACCAGAAUCGUGGGAAAGUGAAAUACUGGCGAUGCCAAGGUCGCACCUGCUCUGCUUUUGUUCAUACCGAUGGCAACGACAACUACAAAGCACAUUCGAGUACUCACAAGAGCCAUCUGCCAUCGCCUGAGCGAAUCGAACUUCUUGACUUUAAAAGAAAAGUCAAGGAACGAGUAAUCAAGGAGACAACGGCGAUUGCUCGUAUACACGAUCAAGAGCUUGCAGCGGCAAGGCUGAGUCAAACUCUGUUGAUGUUAGCUCCUUCUGCUGGCGACAGUCGUGAGUAUCUCCUUCUAAACUCUGUGUUUAUCUUUCAUUUGACUCAAUGCGUAGAGCCAUCUCUAUCUCGCCUUCGUCUACAAACAACACCAGCUCUUUCCACUUCGCGUGAUUUUGACAUUCCUGACAAAUACGGUGAAACUCUCGCCGGCAAACCGUUUCUUCUCAUCGAUACACUGAUCCGUGGCAAGAGAAUGUUGGCAUUCGCCAACGAAUUACAACUGGUCAUCCUAUUUAAUUUGAAACAUAUCUUUAUCGAUGGUACUUUUUCGAUCUGUCCACCAUUUUUCGACCAGGUCUUUACUAUUCAUGGCGUUCACCACGAAUAUGUUGUGCUCUGUGUCCUCGCUCUACUUCCUGGCCGAUCUGCUACCGUCUACAAACACCUAUUCCAGAUGCUUGACGAAAAUGAUCAUGAGGGACUUCGAGAGUGGCUUGAUCAAGACUGUGAAACAGCAUUCUAUAAAGAUGACGAAGAAGCUCGCUUUAUCUGUCAACAAUUAAUGGCACUCGCUCUUUUGCCAUUGAACAAAGUGGAGCCUGCAUUUCAAGCACUUGCCGAUAAUCAUCCUGAGCCGCUGGAUGAAUUGUUCGAGUACUUCGAAACUUUCUGGAUAGAAACCACAUCUAUCGAUUUAUGGAACGUGUUUGAUCUUAAAACGCGGACGAACAACAACGCUGAGGGCUGGCACAACAGAUUUUCUUAUCGCAUUGAUAAAAAACAUCCCAACAUCUGGCAUUUUAUUCGAGUUCUCCACGAAGAAGAGAUUCACUUCAAUCAACACGUUCAGCACGUGCGCAUGGAGAAAAAGAAGGUAUCGGUUCAAGAAGAAACAGAUCGAUCUCAUGGACAACCUUCAGGGUCUAUCGCUUCUUGUUGCGAAGAAAAAAAUAACUUCCACCAGAAGCAGCAUAAUUCUUGA